AUGGAUCUUUAUUAUGGCCUCAGCACUAUUGAGCUCAAAGAUGAUACCGUCAUCGUAGUACUAGGUGCCUCGGGAGAUCUUGCGAAGAAGAAGACUUUCCCUGCACUCUUUGGCCUCUUCCGCAACAAGUUCCUCCCAAAGGACAUCAAGAUCGUUGGAUAUGCCCGGACAAAGAUGGACCACGAAGAAUUCCUGAAGCGUGUGCGAUCAUACAUCAAGGUGCCCACUAAGGAGAUUGAGGAGCAGCUGGACAGCUUCUGUAGCCUUUGCACCUACGUCUCCGGCCAAUACGACGAGGAUGACUCCUUCAUCAACCUGAGGAAACACCUUGAGGAGAUCGAGAAGGGUCACAAGGAGCAGAACAGAGUCUUCUACAUGGCGCUGCCCCCCAGUGUCUUCACCACGGUGUCUGAUCAGCUGAAGAGGAACUGCUACCCCCAGAACGGCAUUGCUCGUAUCAUCGUCGAGAAGCCCUUCGGUAAAGAUCUCCAGAGCUCGCGCGACCUUCAGAAGGCCCUUGACCCCAACUGGAAGGAGGAGGAAAUCUUCCGGAUCGACCACUACCUGGGCAAGGAGAUGGUCAAGAAUAUCCUCAUUAUGCGCUUCGGCAACGAGUUCUUCAACGCUACCUGGAACCGCCACCACAUCGACAACGUGCAGAUCACAUUUAAGGAGCCUUUCGGUACCGAGGGCCGUGGUGGCUACUUCGAUGAGUUCGGCAUCAUUCGCGAUGUCAUGCAGAACCAUCUGUUGCAGGUCCUGACAUUGCUCGCCAUGGAGCGCCCCAUCUCGUUCUCCUCCGAAGACAUCCGUGACGAGAAGGUGCGUGUACUACGUGCGAUGGACCCUAUCGAACCCAAGAACGUCAUCAUCGGUCAAUACGGCAAGUCUUUGGACGGAAGCAAGCCCGCAUACAAGGAGGACGACACUGUGCCGAAGGAUUCCCGCUGCCCGACUUUCUGCGCCAUGGUCGCAUACAUUAAGAACGAGAGAUGGGACGGUGUUCCCUUCAUCCUGAAGGCUGGCAAGGCCCUGAACGAGCAGAAGACCGAGAUCCGUAUCCAGUUCCGUGACGUCACAUCCGGUAUCUUCAAGGAUAUUCCUCGCAACGAACUUGUCAUCCGGGUGCAGCCGAACGAGUCGGUGUACAUCAAAAUGAACUCCAAGCUCCCUGGCUUGUCCAUGCAGACCGUUAUGACUGAGCUGGAUCUCACAUACCGCCGUCGCUUCUCCGACCUCAAGAUCCCCGAGGCCUACGAAUCGCUCAUCCUGGAUGCGCUCAAGGGCGAUCACUCGAACUUUGUGCGUGACGACGAACUGGACGCAAGCUGGAAGAUGUUUACCCCUCUUCUCCACUACCUUGACGACAACAAGGAGAUCAUCCCCAUGGAAUAUCCCUACGGCUCUCGUGGACCUGCCGUUCUGGAUGACUUCACUGCUUCCUUCGGCUACAAGUUCAGCGACGCUGCUGGCUACCAGUGGCCCAUGACAAGCACGACUCCCAACCGCUUGUAA